GAGGCGGGGAGCUUCCGCCGGUGGACCGGGACCGCAGGACGGUAGUGAUGCUGCGAGACGGGAGCGCGCACGGGAGCCCGCUCGGAUGGUGUCGGUAUCAGCGGGAGUUUAACGGAGCUAUUCUGAGGAGGAGGGCCGAGUCCCGGGAGAAGAGGAGGAGGCAGCACCAGGAUGUAGGAACCGGAGCACCGACGGACGGUUCGGCAGUCGUCUGGUUUCCUAUUGAGAUGUUCCAGUAGAACCAGUGGAACCAGUGGAACCAGUAGAACCAGUGGAACCAGUGAUCAGGUUGAUGCUGAUGAAACUGAUCUGUUCAGUGAGCUCCAACCAGAGCCAUGGGGAGUUCCCAGACUGCCGGAGCCAGAGGGAGUCUGGAGGGGAGGCGUCGCUGCUGGUGUCUCCUCUGGUGGUGGCUGGCAUCGUUAUAGGCCUCGUCCUCUUCCUGUCCUGCAUCACCAUCAUCGUCGGCAGCCUGAGGAAGGACAGUCGCCUCCGAAACCCUCAGCUCAGAGCCAGCUACGGACCAGACGGUUUUUCCUUCGGAGGUUCUACAGGAGAACUGAGGUCCAGCUGCCUGGAGGACUUUCCUUCUGGUUUAGACUUUGGCUCUUACAGAGAGACUCUGUCCCAGAUCAACACCCUAUAUCCAGACUCACCUCCACGUUAUGACGAGUGUGUCGGUCCUGGUUCCCCUCAGAUCUACCUUCCUACCGAUGACCCGCCUCCCUACUCCCUAUUGGACCCCUGUCAUGAGGCGUCGGAGCAGGAGGUGGAGCUUCCUUGUGACUCUGGUCUGGACCCGCCCCCUUGCUGUGGUCAGAGCUCAGCCGGCGCCGCCUGGUUCUCCCCGACCUGCCACCCUCCGGACCACAUCUCCUCCAUCUCCUUCCCGUUGGAGGCGGCGCCGCCGUACGAGGCAGUGCUGCAGGGACCGCCCCUCUCCCUGGGGCCAUGUGACCUUUAUAAACACCAAUCAGAGAGGAGGGACGACGGCCAGCAGCUGCCAGCCAAUCACAUCGUGUAGAACGUUAACGGGCUUCUCCCAGCUGUGACGCCAGACAGACGCUGAUGAACGAACCGUCCUCAGCUUCUUACUGUUCACCACCGCUGGUUCUGGACAGACUUCUAACUGUCUGAAGAGGUCCGACCUCCAGACACAAACUUCCUGCUUCCUGUCGCCUGGUUCAGCCACGUUCUGACUGAUACUGUUUACUGUGUUAGAACUGAUCUGAGGUCUGAGUUCAGGUGUUCAUCAUGGUGGAGAUCACAGAGUCUAAAGGAGGAUUGAGAGCAUCGCAGGGUUUAGUUGACCUCAGAGAAACCAGGUUUACGUCUCCGGUAGGUGAUCUGUGGUUAGAAGAACUGAACUACCUGAAACCGUCCUGAGGCCUGAACUAUGACAUCCCUUCAACACAUCCAGCGUUUCUUUAUCUGACUUCACUAAAGCCGAACAACUAAACCAACCAAUCAGACGGAUCAGGUUUCUGAACGAAGCUCAUUUAACAUAAAAAGAUGUGAUGGAUUCAGGUGUAGAAACGUAUACUUCCUCCUAAACCAAACAGUUGAGCUGCUUCCAUGCAGGUUUCUUCCUUCUUCUUCCAUUUAAUGAUCAUCAGACAGCUUUAAACUUUAACUUGGAUCAACGCUGGCUGUUUUAUCUGGAAGGUUUUCAACAUAUCGAGCUAAAAUUUAACAGAUAUCUUCAUAAAUAUCAAUAUUUUAUGCUGUAAAAAUAUCAGUCAAAUCAGUUGACAGUUUGAUGAUUUAAGGUGGAAUGGCACAACAAACUUAACCUCAUUGGGAUGGCGUGAGCAGCGAUCUUUAUGCUCUCAGCUGAUGGUUGGAAACAGAAAGAACUAACAUAGAAACACAGUUCAAAGCAAUGAGUAGAGUUCUAGUUUUAGCUUCCAACAGCCGUAUGAAGCCAUAUGGAACACUGGAAUAGCUUUAAAUCUCUACAGCCACAGUGGAGGCGUAGUCCUGACAGUGAACACCUCCGUAGAUCCGGUUGGUCUGGACCAGAGCAACACUUCAGGUUUUACUUGUGAUUUACUGGACUAGCUUUGCUAAUUCCAACAUCGCCAACUUCACAUCCUGCUUUGUAGUUCAGGUCUCAUUCAGGGGAAAGAAUCGUCCGCUAUCCGGGUCGGUUUGUUUGUUACGUCCUUUAAUAAACGUGACGGAGGACGUUGUUCAGUAUCUGCAGCAUGUGAUCACCAGACUGACGGAGGUUCUGACGGUGGUGACUCUUCCUACCAAGGGCUCUGGUUUUCUCCGAGCAGCAUCAUGUAGCUCCGAGCCUGAAGAGGCCGAACCGAUGCAACCGACAACAAGCACUAAACUGUAGAAAACUCUCACAUUGUUCACUCAGACAUCUUUUGCCUUCAUUCACCCUGAAAGAAUUAACGUCACAGAUGUUUAAUUGUCAUAUAAAAGAUAAGUAUUCCUGAGUGUCACCUGAUUAAAACUGCAUCUCUUCUGAA